UCCCCGAGGCCGGCCGUCACACGCUCCUGCUUCGCCAUCACCAUGAACACCUUCGUACUCGUCCUCCUGGGUGUGGUCGCCCUGGUCGCCGCCAGACCUGACGUCGACCUCGACGACAGCCACCAGGUGCAGGACAUCGACGACGACAACACCAUCACCGGCUCCUACAGGUGGACGUCUCCUGAAGGCGUAGAAUACUUCGUCAAGUACAUCGCUGACGAAGACGGUUACCGCGUCCUGGAGUCCAACGCCGUUCCCGCCACCGCUGACGGCGUCAGGGCUGACGGCGCUCAGGGAUCCUUCGUGUCCUCCGAGGACGACGACGACGACGACAGGAAGUAAACAGCAGCAG